CUCACACGGUCAUAAUCUAACAACACAAAAAACGUAUUGAUGCAUUUACGUUAUGUUGGGAAUGUGUAGUACUUGCAUGGAUAAUACUUUGUUCUAUAAAUAUGAGAUUAAUUCAUACCCACAAUUGUUUAAUAAAUAUUCAUGAUGUUAUCUAACUGUCUUGAAAAGAAAGAUUUUAUGGCCAGAGUCUACUCAUGUAUUCCAAAUGUAGAAACAUACUGUUCUGUGAAACAUGCAACUCCUAGUUAUAUAACACUAUACUACUGACAAACUGCUACCAACAGAUUGUUGUCACAUAGAAUGCUAUGGACUGUGGUAUUGUCUGUGCUGAUAGUUUAUACAAUCUGUCAGGCCGAAGUGGAAGAGAAAGAUGAGUAUGAUAACAUCCAAGAGGUCAUCUCCAAUCUCUCAAAGAUAUAUGAGGAUCCGACCAAGUCAACUCAUAGGCAUCUUCUAGAAACAGGCAUCCUUUACCUGGACAAGCUGCUUUACCUAGAGGAUGCAGUUAAGGAAGGAGUGCCAAAAGCAGAAAGGUUGAUCCGAAAGUUGCACAAAGACGGGGCUUAUGACCAACUGAAGAGUGUGCCCUUCAAGAUUCUGAUCAAUCAUUAUGGAUGGAACAGUAUGGAGGUCGCAGAAUAUGAGAACAUAGUUCACAGAGCCAAGGAGAUAUGGAGAUAUUUCCUGGAUGAGAUAACUUAUGGAUCUUUUGAAGCAUCAACAACUCCUGUCAUCAGGCCAAAAAAUGACAAGAAUGAAGAUCGCUCAAAAAGAGCCGAAGUGGAAGAGAAAGAUGAGUAUGAUAACAUCCAAGAGGUCAUCUCCAAUCUCUCAAAGAUAUAUGAGGAUCCGACCAAGUCAACUCAUAGGCAUCUUCUAGAAACAGGCAUCCUUUACCUGGACAAGCUGCUUUACCUAGAGGAUGCAGUUAAGGAAGGAGUGCCAAAAGCAGAAAGAUUAAUACGUAAACUACACAAGGACGGUGCUUACGAACAGCUUGUUAAUGUACCUUUCAGCAUACUAAUUGGCCACUAUGGAUGGAACAGUAUGGAGGUAGCAGAAUACGAGAACAUGGUUCACAGAGCCAAAGAGAUAUGGAGAUACUUCCUGGAUGAAAUAACCUAUGGAUCUUUUGAAGCAUCAACAACUCCCGUCAAUAGACCAAUAAUAAAUGAUGAGACUCUAGAAAGUUCACAAAGCGAUUAAAAAUUAUGGUGAUAACCUACUAAAAAACAGAUUAUUGAUUGCAAAUCAGUUUUAUUUACUCUCAACUAGUACAAAUGUAAUUAAUGUUAGGGGGAUUCAGUGCAACAACAAGAGAAGGAAGCACAGAAGUUGUCACACAAAUGAUGGUCUUGUUCUAAAAUAAAAUUUUAUAUUUACAUAGGAUGGACUUAAAAGAUAGCAACUGUAAAACUGUAGAAUUAAUGAAAAAUAAGUUUUGUAAUAAAUACAAUUAAUAUAAUUAUUUGUGAUUGUAUAAAAAUCACAAAUAAUUUAAUUAUAUAUGAAUUUACCAUCAUAUGAGUAAAACAAUGUUCUGCAUGUAUGUCUA